AUGGGAUCUCAAACUGAUUUGGAUCAUGAAAGCGGUCGCAAGUUUAAAAUGUUGCAACCCUCUCAAUGGGCUGACUAUUUCCUCUACGUCCCGAUCGAUGAAUUUGAACUAGAUGCCCUUGCAUGCGAACUCGAAGCAAUGAAGCCGAACGUCAGAGACAUGCUCAUGUCCUCUUACCAUGCAGAAGGUCAUGACUCCACGAAGAGGAAAAUACUUUUGAUCUAUAUGAUGAUCAGUCUUGGUGUUGCAUAUCAUUUUGAGAAUGAGAUCGAAAAGAUCUUGACACACGCCUUUGAGAAGCUUGAUGAUAUGAUCGCAAAUGAGCAUGACCUUUACACUAUCUCCAUCUUCUUUUGGGUUUUCAGAACAUAUGGUUACAACAUGUCGGCUGAUGUAUUCAAGAGAUUCAAAGGGGAUGACGGAAAGUUUAUGGACUCCUUAACCAAGAAUGCUAAAGGCAUGUUGAGCUUGUAUGAAGCCGCUCAUUUGAGGACGACAAGAGAUUGUAUAAUGGACGAAGCGUUGAGCUUCACAACGAAACAUAUGGAGUCGUUGGCAGGAAGAGAAAGCCCUCACCUCUCAAGGCUUAUACAGAAUGCUCUUGGUCUAGCUCAACAUUGGAACAUGGAGAUAUUAGUCGCAAUGGAAUAUAUCUCAUUCUAUGAACAAGAAGAAGACCAUGACGAGACAUUACUCAAGUUUUCAAGGCUCAAUUUCAAGUUACUACAACUUAUUUACCUUAAGGAGCUCAAAAUGGUUACGAAAUGGCACAAGGAGCUCGACUUUGCAUCUAAGUUGCCACCUUAUUUCAGAGAUAGACUGGUGGAGUUACAUUUUUUUGUUAUAUCGAUGUAUUUUGAGCCACAUUUCUCAAGUGCGAGGAUUAUGUUGACUAAGUUCUUCACGGCCGAAACCAUUAUUGACGACACUUUCGACCGAUAUGCUUCUAUGUCUGAAGCUGAAAGCCUCGCCAAAAGUCUAGAAAGGUGGGCUCCUGAUAAAUACAUGGAUAAACAGCCAAAUUAUUUGAAAUUCGUGUUUGAAUUUAUACUGGAUGUAUUCAAAGAUUUCGAGAGAGAAGUGGGGUCAGAAGGAAACAGCUUGAAAAAUACAGUAGAAGAGUUCAAAAUACUCGUGAAAGGCAACCUUGACCUUGCCAAAUGGGCACAAAUCGCUCACGUUCCGAGCUUUGAGGAUUACAUGGUGGUCGGUGAGGUGGAGGUCUCGUUGUAUGCGAGUAUUGCAGCCACUUUGAUGGGAAUGGGUCAUAUUGCUUCGGAGGAAGCUUAUGAGUGGCUCAAGUCCAGACCAAAACUCAUCCAAGCAAUAUCUAUAAAUGGACGUCUGAUGAAUGACAUGACCGGUUUCGAGGAUGACAUGAACAGAGGAUAUGUAACUACCGGGGUCAACUGUUAUAUGAAACAAUAUGGAGUUACAAAAGCAGAAACUUUUAAGGAGCUUCAUAAAAUGCGUGUUCACAACGACAAAAUAGUGAACGAAGAGUUGCUGACAACAAAAGAUGUGCCAAGGAGAGUUCUCAAGCAAGCCCUCAAUUGUGCACGCAUGGCCAAUGUUGCCUAUGGCUAUGGUGAAGGAUUAACACACCCUGAAGGCAAAAUAAAGGACUAUAUUGUUUCUCUUUAUCUUGAUCUGAUUAGCCUCUGA